GUAUACACCGAUGACUACUCUCUCUAUAUAUACAUACCAAUUGAACAUGAUCAAAGCAAGGUAUAAUUAAUCGACGAGAAUACUUAAAACAUGAGAGGAAAUCCAGUUUUGUUGAUAGUAAUAUUUUACUCUGUUUUCAUUUUUCUUGGAGACUCAAGAUCAUCAUCAACUCAAUCCAAGAAUGAUGAUCAAGUUUAUAUUGUUUAUAUGGGAGCUGCCAGUUCAACUAAUGGUACCCUUGGCAAAGAUCAUGCUCAUCUUUUAAACACUAUAUUAAAAAAGAAUAAGAAAGCUCUAAUACACAACUACAAACAUGGAUUCUCCGGCUUCGCUGCUCGAUUGUCGAAAAAUGAAGCGAACUCGAUUGCUCAACAACCUGGAGUUGUGUCUGUGUUUCCAGAUCACAUUAUGAAGCUUCACACAACACGUUCUUGGGAUUUUCUAAAAUCACUACCUCACAUUGAAGUUGACAACAAGCUUUCUAAUUCUUCCUCCUCAUCAGAUAUCAUAAUAGGCAUGUUAGACACAGGAAUAUGGCCAGAAGCAGCAAGUUUUUCAGACGAGAGAAUCGGUCCGAUUCCAUCUCGUUGGAAAGGAAUUUGCAUGACAUCAACUGAUUUCAACUCAUCCAACUGUAACAGGAAGAUAAUAGGAGCGAGGUAUUAUCCUAACAUUGAUGAGGAUGCUGGUGCGGCCAACACUGUCAGAGAUACACGUGGACAUGGGACCCACACUGCUUCGACGGCGGCCGGGAGCACCGUGAGUGGUGCAUCCUACUACGGUCUUGCGAAAGGGACAGCAAAAGGUGGAUCUCCUGAAUCGAGGUUGGCCAUUUACAAAGUAUGUUAUAGCGGUUGUCCUGACUCUGCCAUACUUGCGGCAUUUGACGAUGCUAUUCAUGAUGGAGUUCAUGUACUUUCUCUUUCACUCGGUCCGGAUUCGGAUUCCCGGCCUGCCUUGACAGACGACGCGGUUGCAAUCGGUGCGUUCCAUGCAGUGGAGCGCGGCAUUAUGGUUGUUUGCGCUGGUGGAAAUGAUGGACCCGGAAAGACUACCGUUGUUAACGAUAUGCCUUGGAUAUUUACUGUUGGAGCCACCACCAUUGAUCGUGAUUUUCUGUCCAAUGUUGUCUUGGGUAAUAACAAAGUUAUUAAGGGUCGAGCUAUAAAUGUCUCUCCUCUUUCAAAGUCCGCCAAGUAUCCAUUGAUAACCGGGGAGGCUGCCAAGACAGCUACCGCAGACUUAGCAGAAGCAAGACAGUGUCACUUUGAUUCAUUAGAUAAAGAUAAAGCGAAGGGAAAGAUUGUCCUCUGUGAUGGUACCACGGAUCAUCUUUCAACCCAGGACAAAAUUGAUGCAGUAAAAGAGGUGGGGGGAUUAGGUCUUGUUCAUAUUACUGACAGUGAAGGAGUGGUUGCAAAUGACCCAUAUAUUGAUUUUCCAGCAACAACAGUGGUAACACCAGAAAAUGCUGCCCCAAUUCUCGAAUAUGUUAAUUCAACAAGCAAUCCAGUGGCAACAAUUCUACCAACAAUUUCAGUGCUAGAUUACAAGCCUGCGCCUAUCGUGGCAAAGUUUUCAAGUAGAGGGCCUUCAGAGCUUUCUAAGAAUAUUCUCAAGCCUGAUAUUGCAGCACCAGGUGCUAACAUUCUUGCCGCAUGGACUGGAAAUGACACAACAGCUACUCCAAAAGGGAAAAAACCUCCGCUAUAUAACUUAGUGUCCGGGACUUCCAUGUCAUGUCCGCAUGUUUCAGGCCUUGCAGCAAGCAUUAAAUCUAGUAAUCCCACUUGGAGUGUCUCUGCAAUCAGAUCGGCCAUCAUGACCUCUGCAACUCAAAUUAACAAUAUGGAGACUCCCAUUACAGCAGACUUAGGCUCGGUUUCCACUCCUUAUGACUAUGGAGCUGGAGAAAUUACAAUGAAUGAAUCAUUCCAUCCUGGGCUAGUUUAUGAAACCAACACCAUUGACUACUUAAACUAUCUGUGUUACAUGGGAUAUGAUACAGCCACAGUUAAAGUUAUCGCAAAAACCAUACCGGAUAAUUUUAGUUGCCCUAAGGAUUCGACUCCUGAUCAUAUUUCCAACAUCAACUAUCCUUCCAUAGCAAUCUCCAACUUCAUUGGAAAAGAAAUGGUGAAUGUGAGUAGAACUGUGACCAAUGUUGGUGAAGAAUAUGAAACAGUCUACUACGCCAUCAUUGAUGCUCCUAGUGGGGUGAAAGUCCAAUUGAUUCCAGAAAAACUCAGAUUUACAAAACAUAGCAGAAAACUAAGCUACCAAGUUAUUUUCUCCUCCACUUUAACUUCAUUGAAACAUGAUCUGUUUGGAUCCAUUACCUGGAAAAAUGGUAAAAAACAUAAGGUUCGAAGUCCUUUUGUAUUGACCGUCUAGUUAAAUGAUAAUCAGUACAUCUAUAUGUUAUCUGUGGAGACGUGAUUUGUAGCGAAGAAAGAAGCAAUUACAUUUGUACCAUCUCAUUGCCAGGCCUUAAAGCUAGUUUGUCAAUAAAAUAAGUAGCAACAGCUAUUUGCUGCUUAGUAA